AUGUCUGGAACACAAAUGCAGUUAGAGGAUUGGCUGGACGACCUCUGCGUCCGCUUCAUCAUCAACCUUCCCCAAGAGGAUCUCUCCUCCGUCGCUCGAAUAUGCUUCCAAGUCGAAGAAGCCCAAUGGUUCUACGAAGAUUUCAUCCGUCCGCUGGACCCGACUCUACCAUCCAUGACCUUGCGUACUUUUUGCCUUCGCAUCUUUCAACACUGUCCCUUGUUAGCCAACUUUUCCGUUGAGAACCACACCAAAGCGUUCGAGGAGUUCCUGGAGUACAAGACUCGCGUCCCAGUACGAGGUGCUAUCAUGCUAAACGAGGCCAUGGACUCGACAGUUCUGGUCAAGGGAUGGAAGAAAGGCGCCAACUGGAGUUUCCCGCGAGGAAAGAUCAACAAGGACGAGGACGAUUUAGAUUGCGCCAUCCGAGAAGUCUACGAAGAGACUGGACUUGACCUUCGAGCCGCGGGCUUAGUACCAACCGAACAUAAACCCAAGUACAUUGAGAUCGCGAUGCGUGAACAGCACAUGAGGCUUUACGUGUUUCGCGAUGUUCCCAUGGACACAAUCUUUGAACCGAAAACCCGCAAGGAAAUCAGCAAAAUCGAAUGGUACAAGCUGUCGGAGUUGCCAGCUUUCCGUCGCAAGAAUGGCCAGUCUAACGAUGCGAUUGCUACUCCUAAUGCCAACAAGUUUUACAUGGUUGCCCCAUUUUUGGUGCCUUUGAAGAAAUGGGUUACGUCGCAGAAAAAGAUUGAGGCACGAAAAGCAGCGACUGUCCCGCACAGUUAUGGACCGAUCACCGAAGCGCUGUAUGAGGAUGAGGCCUGGAAAACAGACACUGGGGCUGAAACUGCGGACCAAGAGCCGGCAAUAGAGACGCUCGCAGGCGCGACACAAGAACUGCAGCGAUUGUUGAAGGUCCAACCUCCGACCCAAGGUUUGCAAGGAGCUCCUGCCCCUGUCCAACAGGAUAAGGGCAGUGCCUUACUCUCUAUUCUUCAAGCAAAGGGCGGCCCUUCAGGCAGCCUCCCUCAGUCCGAUCGUCAAUAUCCGCAUACUCCUCUAGAUCUAACGGCCCAGACCGCACCCCAGCCUCAUACACCACACCACCAAAACCAGAUGCCAUCUAUCAAUGCUCAGCAGCCGCCGCCGUCAUUUCCCUAUCCACCCCAUCAAACUGCUCAAUGGAACGUGGCUCCUGGACAGCAGGCAAGCUAUCACCAGUCAUAUGUUGAUCAAUACCCUGUGCAAGAAGGCCAGUAUAAGAGCAACCAGGCACCGCUGGUUCACCCCCAGCCCUUGCCUCCCCAAGUGGAGAGAGCUGUUUUCAACAGAAGCGCGUUCCAAGACGUAAACCAAAACAAUUACAGCUCAGGACCUGGUCAAUUCAUCAACCAACAGCAGCCGCAACAUGGACACGGCGGUCAGAUGCCACCACAAGUUCAUAACCCGGCCGAACAGUCAAGGCAGCAACCACUGAAUGGCCAGUCAAUGGCUCUCCUGAACGCGUUCAAGGGCGGCAAUGCCGCACCUCAGCCCCAGCAGGUGCCAUUCCCUCCCAGUUUCCCAGUACAGAACCAAGCACCCGCAUAUGGCAACUUUGGCACGAACCAAGCGCAACAACAGAACCCACUUCAAUUCCCCUCACAAGCGCAACCGCUUGGCGGAGGUCAGGAUCGCACUGGGCCAAGUCCCAAAGAGCUACCUGGGUCAAAGGUUGGACCUGCUGCUAACAACCACCGCUCUGCUUUGUUAGGCAUGUUUCGUAAGGAUGACCAAAACCAACCUCCUGCUCAGUCGCCUCACGCUACCGGACAAGCUGCUCCAGGUAGUAUGAUGAGCGAACUUAUGCGAUCUGUCGGGGGAGACAAUGUGAGGACCCAAGCUUCUCCACAAACCAGCGCAGGCAUCAACCCGUCCAUAUCUUUGGAGGGCUUGUCCCUUCAUCCACGGGCUGCUCAGUCUAGCACGCCGGGCUCCCAAGGAAAAGCCGAUUAUGCGCAUUAUGGCGCUCAGGUACAAGGAACAGCCGCUUCGCAACCUACUCAACCCAUUCGAAUUCUUCAGCGAGGACAAACAGAGCAGUUUCUUGGUGUUGGUGGAGCAUCGGCAUCUCCUCAAACUUCUUUUGCUUCACCCAGUGGAUUAUCCGCCCACCUACAGCCCGCACGUGCUAGUGUCAGUCCCAGCAUUGCGCAAGCAUUCCCUGCGUUCAACACACGUCGCGAAUCUGGCCCGGCUCAAAAGCGAGAGCUACUUUCACUCUUUGGAAAACAGCCAUCGCCUGCUAGUUUGGAAGCAGCCAAGGGCAAAGAGGUCAUUGCUGGAACGCCCGGGUCUCGCCUUGCUUCAUUAGCCUCUGGCACAGAGGAACCUGCUGGUCCACCUUCUCGUCGUGACAGCCAGACACCUAUCUCACCCGCUGAACGUACAUUUUUGCUUGACUACUUGCAGUCUGUUACGAAGAAUGCCAAUCAUUGA